AUGAUGACCCCCGCGCCGCCGGGCUUUCCACUAGGCCCCGGCGGCGACUGCGCGCUGCGCCUGCUCAGCGAUCCGCUGGCCUUCCUGACCGAUGUGGCGCGGGACCACGGCCCGGUGGUGGGCCUGACCCUGGCCGGGUCGCGCGUGGUGCUGGUCUCCGACCCCGCCGCCGCGCGUGACGUGCUGCAGGACCGGUCCGACACCUGGGUCAAGUCCGGCACCGCCUUCUUCCCCGGCUCCAGCCUGACGGGGGACGGGCUGCUGGUCAGCGACGGCGCCACCUGGCGCCGCCAGCGCCAGCUGUGCACGCCCGCUUUCCGCGCCGCGGCGGUGGCCGCCUACGCGGGCAGCAUGGCGCGCUGCACGCUGCGCACGCUGCGCGAGCUUGACGCCGCCGUGGCGGCGGCGGGAGACGACGGUGCGGCCCUGGACCUCUACCCCGCGCUCAACCGCCUGACCCUGGACAUUGCGCUGGAGGCGCUGUUCGGCUCGGCGCUGGAGGGCGAGCGCGCGGCGGGGGUCACGGCUGCCAUCCAGGAGGCCUUCGACCAGUUCUCCGCGCGCGUGGCGCUGCCGCUGCCGGAGUACCUGCCCACGCCGGGGAACGCAGCACUGGCGCGCGCCGUGGAACGGCUGGACGAGGCGGUGUAUGGCCUCAUCGCGCGGAGGCGGGAGUACCUGGCUGCGGAGCCGGCGCCACCCCGCCCCUGCCUGCUGGACGCCAUGCUGAGCGCGCGGGCGCAGGAGGGGGACGGCCCGCCGGCCGCCAUGGGCGACCGCGCCCUGCGCGACGAGCUGAUGACGCUGAUGGUGGCGGGGCAGGAGACCAGCGCCAUCGCCCUGGGGUGGACCUGCGCCCAGCUGGCCGCACACCCCCAUGCCCAGGAGGCGGCGCUGGAGGCCAUGCGCCUGCACCCCCCGGCCUACAUGGUGGGCCGCUGCGCGGCGCGCGACGCCGACCUGGCGCAGUACCGCCUGCCGCGCGGGACCACCGUCCUCCUGGCGACGUAUUUGCUGCACCGCGACCCGGCGGUCUGGCGCGCGGGUCGAGGCAGCGAGGCGGAAGCUCACACGAACAUGAAUGCAGGGACAGGCGGUGCGGCCUUGCCUCCGCAGGGCCAUGGCCGGCCGGCGGCCUUCGUCCCCGGGCGGUGGGCGGAGGCCCUGUGCGCCGCAGGGAGCGCCACCGCGCUUCUCUCAGACCAGGGUGCGGCGGGGAGCUACGUGCCUUUUGGCGCGGGGCCGCGCGUCUGCAUCGGCACGGGGUUUGCCAUGCUGGAGGUGCCGCUGGUGCUGAGCAUGCUGCUCGCCAGCCUUGUCUGA